UUAAAAUUAGUAAAGGUCUCUUUAACAAAACUGAUGCUUGUGCGAAUAAAAAUCCUUUCCAUGAUUUUUAAAGUAAUUCGACAAUACUGUGACUCGCUCUCUAUUUUUCUAGAGAUGCAACGAUUUUCUUCUCUGCACAUAUUGGUCCUGUGUUUUUAUUAUUUAAGAAGGAAAAUUAAAAAUAAAUUGGUGGGCUAUUAAUAUAAUCUAAUUUUCUCUAUAAUAGCUUAAGCGAUCAUAUAUGUCAGAUUUAAAAGAAAGCGCCUAUUUUAACCCUUGAAUUGAAUUUGCAAGGGGCGCAAACUCAAAUCGAUUUGACCUCAGCUGUCGAGAAAAUUCGUCUGGGUUUCAGUUCACCAUUUACGCUGACUAAUAUUCAAGCCCAGACACUAUUGUUUUAUUACUAAAGAAGAAAAAAUUGCCACUUUCCAGAAGAUGUAUAACAACCUCUUAAAAAUUUACAAUAAAAAAGAUUAUUUUCGAAAGCAGAAAAUAGAAUGUUCUCUCAAAAUUGUUUGCAAUAAAAAUCCGAUAUAAGAUUUAAAUGAGACAACGCACCUAUAAAAAUUCCCAAAAGAAAAAAAAGAGUAACACAUCUCUUGUAAAAGUGGUGGCUAUGGACAAUUACUCAAGGAACAUUUUUUAUAACAGGUUUAGUCUGCGUUCAAAAAGACCCAUUUUAGCAGCUUUAACUGGAGCAACACUCAUUUUAUUAAUAUUUGCCAUUGUAGAAUUUGCUAUUGGCUACGAUGCAAAUCAAUUAAUUCCACCUGAUCCUGAAAAUCCGCAACCGCCAUCAUGGAGCAAAUUAAGGAUUUUCAAAAGAGGUGCUGUUUGUGCAGAUGGACCACCUUGUGCUUUUAUUGGAAAAUCUAUAUUGGAAAGAAAUGGAUCGGCUGUUGAUGCAACAUUGGCGGCGAUGAUAUGCAAUGGAUUCAUUAAUAUGCAUAGUUUGGGAUUUGGUGGUGGAUUUUUGAUGACUAUUUAUGAAAGAAAUACUGAAAAGGCUUAUUUUCUCGAUGCUAGAUAUUCUGCGCCAGGGGCAGCACAUGAACGCAUGUAUGAUUAUAAACCCGAAAAUGCCUCGAAAACUGGAGGACUAUCAGUAGCUGUUCCGGGAGAACUUGCUGGUUAUUGGGAAGCACAUACCAAAUUUGGCAAAUUACCCUGGAAAGAUUUAGUUCAACCGAGUAUCGAAGUUUGUGAGAAUGGUUACAAUUUAACAAAAUCACAGUACAAAGGACUCCAGGAGGAUAAUUUCAACAUCUACGAUGAUCCUACUUUGAAAGAAAUGUUCAUUGAUCCCGAAACAGGUCAUCUUCGAAAACCUGGUACAAUAAUUAGGCCAAGGAAAUUAUGCGAAACGAUGAGAAUAGUCGCGGAAAAAGGUGCAAAUGAAUUUUAUAAUGGAACUUUGGGUCAAAAUCUCGUGGAAGAUUUGCAGAGAAGAGGAGGUAUAAUCGAGUUCAAGGACCUGAAUAAUUACAGGGCCAAAUGGAGAGAACCGACCAAAACAAGACUUUCUGAUGGGAUCAGAAUAUAUUCUGCAGGUGUACCGGGAGGUGGAGAUAUACUUGCAUUCAUUAUGAACGUUCUUGAUGAAUUUAAAUUUACAAACGAGAGCACAGCUGAUAUAAAUUCGACAGUGAUUACAUUUCAGCGAGUGAUAGAAACUUUCAAAUAUGCAUACGCGUUUAGAACGAAAUUAGGAGAUUCUGAUUUCGUUGAUACCUCUCAAUUGCUAAAUAAUUUAACAUCGAGGGAAUUUUCUCGGCUAUAUUGGUCGAAAAUAAGCAGCGAAAGGACCUGGAAGGAUCCUUCAUAUUACGGGGCUGAAGAUCCCGGAAAUUUUAAUAAUCAUGGAACAUCGCAUAUAUCGGUUCUGGCACCCAAUGGUGAUGCGGUUUCAAUCACUAGUACUGUCAAUCUUUAUUUUGGCAGCGGUAUUGUGAGCGAGAGGACAGGUAUUCUACUUAACAGUGGUAUGGAUGAUUUUGGACUUCCAUCGCGAUUUAGUUACUUCCGAAUUCCUCCCAGUAAAAAUAAUUUUAUCAAACCGGGCAAAAGGCCUUUGUCUUCGAUGUCGCCUACAAUUCUGGUGGAUCCAAAUGGCGAUGUUAAAAUGAUAAUUGGUGCUGCUGGAGGCACGAAAAUCAUCACGGCCAUAACCUUUGUGAUUAUGAAGUACUUGUGGAUGGAAAAUAAUUUGAAAGAAGCAGUGGAUUUUUCGAGAAUUCACCAUCAGUUGUACCCCAUGAAAGUGAUAUACGAAUACGGAGUGCAGAAACAAAUUAUUGAUGGUUUGAAAAAAUUGGGACACGAAACUUUGAGAUAUAAAACUCAUGGCAGUGUUAUUUGUGCCAUUGCGCAACAUAAUAAGUCUAUUUUUGCAAAUUCGGAUUAUAGAAAGAAUGGAGAUGUUUAUGGUUUAGACUGAACAGAAUUUGUUGAUAUUUUAAAUUUAAAUUUUAUUUUUUAAAUCCAUAUUUAUGUUAA